UUCAGUAUUAGCUUUAUCUGCUUCUUACUCACUCACACUCACACACACACACAGUCGAGUCCAAAGCACUUGGACUCUGAGGACUUGGCAGGCUGCUCUUUCACCUUCCUUUCUCCUGAACAGAAACGCUCAUAUUUAACCUGCGCUUCAGGAGAACCCGGUGGUUCUGAGCCAAUAAAUAAAUGGCAGCGGAGACUGAAGAGCAACUGAGGACUAACUGACAGAGACAGAGAGAAGCAGAGAAGAGGAGAGGGAGAGACAGGAAGAGGGAUUCCCCCUCGUGUGGAGUAAACAGGAGAGGCUGGUGGUGUGUCAGAUUGCGGCAGCCAUGACAACAUCAGCUGGACACGCCACAUGAUGUCUUAGCUCAGCUGAAGCUGUCCAUCCUCCUCCGGCCAUCCUCUCAUGGGGGAGGACAAAAAGAUGAGUGUCACUAGAUGUCGGUCCUUCAACCUUUUGGCCAUCAUCUUGCUCCUGUUUUCCUCUGCAGCUCUCUCGGCUCAUUUUCGGGUGUGUGAACCCUACACUGACCACAAAGGCCGGUAUCAUUUUGGAUUCCACUGUCCUCGCCUGUCAGAUAACAAGACCUACAUGUUCUGCUGUCACCACAACAACACUGCCUUCAAGUACUGCUGCAAUGACACUGAGUUUCAAACCAUCAUGCAGGUCAACCUCACAACCACUUUGGAUGGAUUUUCACACAAUAACUACACAGCACUGGUUGGAGUGUGGAUCUAUGGCUUUUUUGUCAUGGUGCUGCUGGCACUGGACUUCCUCUACUACUCAGCCAUAAACUACGAGGUGUUCAGGGUGUACCUGGAGAAGUGGGGGCUCGGGGGCCGCUGGCUGACGCAAGCUCGCAGUCAGUGGCAAAGGCCUGAACAGGAGGAGAGUCAGGGGCAGCUUUCUCAUCCUGGAGCUCCAGCAGGAUUAUCACACCACCAACAAACACACUAUCACUCCCAGUCCAGACACAGCCUGAAGCCAGAGGCCCAGAGUCCAACACACACUGCACACAACACAUCAAUUGCCUGAGACACCAGAUGAUCGGAAAACAUCUAAGAGGAAUGCUUAGAGGAAAAUAAAGUUUGUGCCUCAGUCCUCGGAGAAUAACCCUCCUGGUAGUGUAUGCCGGUUCAAGCUCACCUCCAGCUGUCUCUCUUCAAGCACAACCAUCUCCAAUCAUCUGUUCUUCUGUAUGGAUUUCCCUUCAGAUUCACCCAGAGAACCACUAAAGCAUACUGGUUUGUUCACAGAACCUGCUAAUUAAAGGAACUACAUCAUAGCUUGGAUUUGUAAGCAAAAGAGACGAUGACGAUGAUAAUGAUGAUGAUGAUGAUGAUGUUAUGAGACCGAACUGAACUUUAGGAGGAUCUAAGAAACUGAAAGCCUGUCCAGGAUAAUAAACAAUAGUUCUUCACCCAUUUAGUAUUUAUAUUGUUCACACAUUGUUUAUGACCUAAUCCUGGCUAAUUACUGUAACUGUGUGGUGGUAGGAACAUUCAUUUUUACAUUAUUUAUAUAUUUAAUUUAGGAAAUGUUAUGAUAUUAUGAGGGAAGCCCUUUUAGGAACUGUUACUAUAACACUGCACAUGGUACAUGUACAUAUUGUACGUUAUGUUAGGUGCAGUUUUGUCUUUAUAAUAAUAAUUUUUAAUAUCUGACAUUCGACUUUCUGCCCCCUUGUAAAAUUUGGAAAGAUGAUAUAAUAAACACCCAAGGAUAUUUCACAGUACACUAUGCUAGUUUUUUUUUUUUUUUUUUUAAAGCAAUAUUGUAUUGCAGGCAAAAAGCUGAAAUUUGUCGAUGCAAAAGAUAUUUAUACCAUUCAAUAACAUGAAACCAGGUGUGUUCAUAGAUAAUGGAGUCAAUUGUGUUCACUUUAUUUGUUAGUGCAUCUGAUGGAGGUCUUCUGAAUGCAGGUAGUGUUUACACAGUCAUUAAACUGGGGGUUUUCCAUUUAUUUUGUAAUUCAAGACUAGGAAAUUACUUUAAAGAGCUAAAGUAGCAGCUUUCAUUUACACUCCACGAUUUAGCAGUGAAUCCAUCAGUGUGUGUAUGUAGUUUUUUCAAACCAAAAUUACUUUAACACCUUUCCUGAUUAAAUAAAAAAAAAUGCAUUAAAUAAAACAGUAUAAAAGCAUAAAAUAUAUCCCCAACUUUCAGCAAUGCAGCAUACACUGUUUUUAAAAACUGUAAUUGGCAUAACUUCUGAUUUUGGUUAGCGCUUUAUAAUGAACAUGUAAUACACAUUGCAACACUAUAUAAAAAGAACUAACGAGUCUCAUGAGGAACAUGUGACUGAUUAGGUAAUGAUUGUAAUCCAGAAACCCAUAAUUAUGGUAAAUAAGCUUCAAAUAUGUCCGAUAUAGACGAAAUCCAAUUACUUCAUUUCUAGAGUGGAACGGUUUUAUCUCCUCUUCCACCUUGACAUUCGCUGCAGUGAUUAGCUCAUGCUGGGAAUGCAGGAGAGAGAUGGACACAGAAUGAACAAGAGCAGAUAGCAGGACAGGGGUAGAGAAUUUCAAGCACAUCCGCAGCAGGAUGGUAAUUUAAUCGGAGAUGGGAGAUCAUUUGUAAUUCGGUGUGGUCUAGCACACAGACUGCUAGGCUGAUUCAAUCUAGAAACAUCAUUUACUGUAUCUGGAUUUGAAUUCAACAAAUGUCAAGUUUUUUAGUUGGUUAUAUCAGGUGCAAACAAGUCAUUAGACUAAUAUUAAUAAAUUACUCUCCUUGGUUUCCCACAAAGAGAGAACAGCUUCGCAUUGUUUAUUUAUUUAUUUUUUGUCAGUUCUCUCUUUUUUUUUUCUUUUUUUUUUUCAAGACAGCCCGUCUUGGCAACAGUUGCCUUAGUAACUCUAUACAUGUACACAGCAGCAGUGUAGCUACUGGUACCUUAAAGCAGGGUGUAUGAUGUUCCACACACACACACGCAUACACACCCACAUCCACCCACAAACAUGCAGGCAACAUGCCACACGUCUGUGAGCCUGUGUUUUGCUAUUAGGUAGACUGUACAGCCUCGAUUUCAAUUGUAUUUGCAGUUGUUAACUUUGUACUGUCACAAAUGGACAAAAUAAAGAUCUAUCUUUCCA